UCUUCAUCCUAAACACAAACACUGGGAAACAAGAUGUCUCUAGUAUCAUCAUUAGCUACAGUUUUCAUGCCAAUGUUGCUUGCAUUUGCAAUUAUUGCAAUGCCAAUGAGCAUAGCAGCAGUUAACCCUGUUGAAGCAACUGGGAAAGAACCUAUUAUUGAGUUGUACAUGCAUGACAUUCUUGGGGGUAGUAACCCAACAGCUAGACCAGCUACUGGCUUGUUAGGUAACAUAUACAGUGGUCAAGUGCCUUUUGCAACCCCAGUAGGAUUCAAGACACCACAAGGUGGAAUUCCCAUCCCAAAUGCCAAUGGUGCUAUUCCCACUGUCAAUGGAGUUUUUGGUAUUCCACUAGGAACUGGCUUGGCUGGUACAACCUUUGCAGGAAACUCAAACAAAAACAACCAAAAUAAUGCACAGCUGCAAGUAGGACCUGAUGGAUUGGGACUAGGCUUUGGUACAAUCACUGUAAUAGAUGAUAUACUAACUUCUCAACCUGAGUUGGGGUCACAAAUAAUUGGGAAAGCUCAAGGAGUGUAUGUGGCAAGUUCAGCAGAUGGGACUAGACAGAUGAUGGCAUUCACAGCCCUGUUUGAAGGAGGGGAAUAUGGAGAUAGCUUGAACUUUUAUGGCCUGUACAAGAUUGGAAGCACCAUGUCACAAUUAUCUGUGAUAGGGGGUACAGGGAAGUUUAAGAAUGCAAAAGGGUUUGCAGAACUGAGAGGUCUUAUCCCACCAGGGCAAAUUUCCACUGAUGGUGCUGAGACAUUGCUGAGGAUCACUGUCCAUCUGAACUACUAA